UCAGAUUUAAAUACAUAUAUAAACUUAUCUGGCUAUAAUGGCUUCACUAUUACGUUGGAAAUUAUACAUAUUCUUACUUAUCGGAACCAUUGCUUAUGUUUCUUCACAAGGUCAUCGUUCUGUAACCCGCGCAUUCAAUCCUUCUCUUCGACCGGGUGACGUCAUCACGAUACAAGGCACUGGUUCAACACGGUCUGUUGGGCUUAUACGGCUCCACAGCGAGAAAGGAACUUGUGAUUCGAAUCCCAGACUUAGAUCUGACUUGGGACAGGCUCCACUAUCCUGCAAUCCAUUGGUGCUGAAGCUGUUGACACGGAAACAUAAGAUACUUUUUCUAAAGAAAGAUGUUGAAUCCGAAAACAAAGAUGUUUUAAUUAAAACAAAACUGACAUCAGGCCUGAUGAGACGGAUGCCAUACACCAUAACAAUAACAGUGACAUACACAGGAUAUGAUGUGCAAUUCAAUAACGAUGUUCCGAUCGAGUUUGUGAACCGAAAUCGAGUCGGUGACGUGAACAUGAUACGAGCGACUUCUGGCAACUAUGAUAAUAUUAUGCUGAAAAGAGGAGCAAAUAUACCUCUGAACGAACCUGAUUGUGGACAAAGAGGUGCCAAUAUAUUCAGAAGUAAAUGGGCCAGAAUAACAAACGGACAAAAUGCUGAUCCCGGAGCUUACCCGUGGCAGGUUGCCUUAAGAAGAAAACAUGUCUAUCCGUGGGCGCCGUAUGCUCAUAUGUGUGGUGGAAGUCUGGUCAGUAGCUGUUGGGUUGUCACAGCCGCUCAUUGUGUUUUGUACGUUGGGCGGCAUAAAAAGAAUUUCGUGAUUCGAGUCGGUGAUCUUCAUAACGGAGAUAAUUCAAUGUAUAAAAUGGACGAAGACCAACAGACAUUUGAUAUAGAACACGUGAUCGUGCAUCCAGAUUUCAAAGACAGGCCCGUGCCAAAGAACGACGUAGCAUUGAUAAAACUGGUUGAAAAGCAUGGCCGAUGCGCUCGAUAUGGGGAAUAUGUAAAUUCAGUGUGUCUGCCUGAACCAGGUCAAGAUGUUUUUGCUACAAACACUGAGUGUCACAUAACGGGAUGGGGAGCUAAAAACUGGACAGAUCGACCCCGGGACUAUCCACACGUCUUACAAUACGGAAAGAUUAGAUUGCAUGACUUUAAUACAUGCAAAGAAUUAUACGGGAGAGAUCCGAUCUCGAAUAUAUCACAAAUAUCAGAAGGAAUGAUAUGUGCUGGGGCUCCUGGAAUUGAUACUUGCCAAGGUGACAGCGGAGGGCCAUUGGUUUGUGAAAGAGGGGGACCAACAUUCGGUGAAGACAAUCCGUUCGUAUUGUGGGGAAUAACAAGUUGGGGCCACGGAUGCGCGGACUCGGUGAAGCCUGGAGUUUAUGCGGAUGUUACAAAAUAUAUUGACUGGAUCCAAAAAGUUCGUUCAAAAAUAUUUUGAAAAAGGAAAAACGGAAAAUGAAUAGACUUAUGUGAAUAUAAGUCCUUCAACAAUUAAAGACCUCAAUCAGCUUCUCGAUUAUUUGAGAAGAACUUACGAAUUAUUGUUCUUUUUUGUUAUAAUAUGAAACGAGUAUUUGAAGAAUAAUUCAUGAAGGCCAAAUUAAAAAGGCGCUGGACCUACGGAAGGAAAUGGCAUUUGCUUUUCCAUCAGCAAAAUUUUUGCCGUAUGUUUUAUACUCCUCGUCGGAUAUUGUUUCAUCUUAUUUGCAAUAAAAAAUAAUAUUUCCGGCUUUAACAUCCCAAUCGGCGACUACAACUGCGACAACCUGACCUGAUAUCAUGCCUCACUAUGUUAUUACUGCCUACUUUUCUGACUAAUGUUUUUUAGUUUGUUUUUGUCAAGAAAUAAAUACUU